AUGGGCUUUGUGGACUCAUGCACCACCUAUAUUGGUGCCUAUCAGUCAGAAUUCUUGCUGGAUGAGACAAAAAUCCUCUUCAUCUUCUCCUACCUCCGCAACGAGGCUGGCACAAGCUGCGCUGCCUCGAGAUGGGCAAUGAACUGGAAGCAGUGCAACUUUGAAAGCCUUAAUGGAGUAAAGGCUGGGGUCACCUCGGCGACCUUCUUGGAGGAGCUUCAAAGGGCCUUUGGGGACUCCAACGCAGAGCAAGUCGCUGCCGCUCGACUCAUGGCCCUGCGCCAGAAUAAACAAUCCUUUGCAGAUUAUAUCUCCGACUUCGAGAUGCUAGCUGCGGACGCAGGGUACAAUGUGGUCACCACCACCGACAACAAGGGCGAGUACAAGAAGGGGGAUCAAGACAACAUCCUCAUCAAGUUCUUCGAGCACAGACUCAGUAGCAAGAUCACCAGUUGCCUCUACAACACUGGUGUCCCUCUGCCCAAGGCAUAUGGUGCCUUCAAGGACUGGUGUGUCAACAUUGAAGCAAACGCUCUGCGCAAUCAGCUGCGCAAAGCAUCGUAUGGGCACUCCACACCACGACCACCUUCCCAGUUCCAUCCCCAGGCGGCACCAGCAGCGCCCACACCCGCUCUGACCCGGCCGGCUGCCAACAAACCGGUCCCAAUGGAAAUCAAUUGCACCCAUGCCCGUGGCCGCAAUAUCAUCUGCUACAGUUGUCAGCAGCCUGGGCACAUUGCCCGGAACUGCCCGGAACCAAGGAAGAAGCGCACAUUCUUCAAUUGGGCCACAGUACUUGAAGAGAUCGAGAACGGGGACAAGAACAACAAGUUCCUCAAGGAGAUCACCGAGAAGCUAUGUGAGAAGGGUUUUUGA